AUGAAGUCGGCUUUCCUGCUCAUAGGGCUGGCCUGGCUCGCAUCUGCCUUCCCACAGGGUGGACCAAAGAGACUCAGGGCACGACAGAGUACAUCCCCAUACCCGGUCUACACAUUCGAUCAGAAGCUCGAUCACUUUCCAAACAGUACUCGCUAUGAACCUCAUACCAAUCGAACGUUCAAGCAGCAUUACUACGUCGACAACACGUAUUACAAGCAGGGUGGGCCAGUGGUCUGUUUAAUGAGCGGAGAGUCUUCCGCGGCAGGCUAUGCGAGCAUUGCUUUUCCUUCUGGCUUGUUGAAACUAUUUCUGCAAGAGUUCAAUGGCCUAGGAAUCGUCCUGGAGAAUCGCUACUAUGGCGCCAGCUAUCCUUUCAACACUACUACCACUGACAACCUGAGGUUCUUCACCACAGAGCAAGUCCUUGCCGACACGGCACACUUCGCGCAGAACGUGAUUCUACCCGGCUAUAAUGCCUCACUACAAGCACCAGAAUACCUUUGGGUUCUUUUCGGUGGAAGCGUUCCAGGAGGCCAGGUGGCUUUCGCAAUGAAAGAAUACGGCGAUGUAUUUUGGGGCGGAUUCGCCUCCAGCGGUCUCACGAAAGGAGUCUUGGGCUAUCCCGAAUGGUAUGAGCCAAUCCAGAAGUUUGCGCCUCAAGAUUGUACUGCCAGUCUCAAUGGCAUCAUCGACAAGAUCGACACGGUCUUCGCGAAUGGCAACGCAAAUCAAAUCAGCCACAUGAAGAGCAUCUUCGGCCUCGAAACCCUGCACGAGAACGGCGACUUCGCUCAGACCAUCGCUUACCCUCUCGGAGGCCCCUUCCUCUACCCAGGCGCGACAUGGCAAGAGAUCAACUGGGACCCAGCUGUAGGCUAUUCGGACUUCUUCUACUUCUGCCACAACAUCACGAACCCCGACAGCACCAAGAACAUCACCUCUCUCGACUACGCUCUAGCCCCGUACACCAACAACGAACCCUGGUCAAACCUCGGCAACUACGCAAACUACAUCAAACAAUACCUCAUCCCUACAUGUGACGGUGUCCCCGUCAACAACAGCGCCUGCUUCCUCCAACACAACCAAUCCUACUGGGCCGACACAACCAACUCCGUCCGCCGCUCCUACCUCUACACCAUGUGCACCGAAAUGGGCACCUACAUCGCCGCACACCAAGACAAACCCAACCUCGUCUCCCGCGUCCUCACGCCCGAGUACACCCAGCAGUGGUGCACCUGGGCCUUCCCCCCGGGGAAACACAACAAAAUCCCUCCCACCCCGGACCUCGCCCGCUACAACGUCUACGGCGGCUCGAACAUCUCCGCGCCGCGUCUCGCCCUCAUCGGCGGCGAGCAGGACGUCUUCCGGGACGUUGGCUUCUUCGCCGUCGAUCGGGGGGAGAGGUAUUCGUUGAGCGUGGAGGAUGCGUAUCUGCACCCGCAGAUGCUGAUUGAGUCCGGCGGGCAUGUCUGGGAUUUCGAGGCGUUGAAUAAGGGGGAUGUGUGGGAGGAGGGGAGGGAGCCGCAGUUUAUCAGGGAGGUGCAUUUGUGGGAGUUGAGGGUUAUGAGGAGGUGGAUUGAGAUGUGGGAGGGGAGGAAGGGGGGUUGGGGUUCGAAGAGGGAUGAGCUGUGA